UCAUUUCUUGAGUCCUCUAGGGCAAUCUCCACAACGUAUCAUCUCAGUUUUUUACGAUUUUCUGGACUAUUGAAAAACAGAUGCAAUUGACAUUGCAUUCAACAAGAAAUUAUAAAAUAUAAUUGAAGAACUUGCAGCUCUGAUUAUUCGAUUACUUUUUCCACGCAAUUGAAGAAAUUGUCAUAAUUAUAUUUUCACUAUGCAAUUACCCACUGGAUUAUCAUUUUCCUUGAUUUUUGUAAUUGUUCGGGUUGGAUGCAUUGAUAACGGUAAAGACAACGGAAUGAAUCAGGAAAAUUUACAUGAAGUUCAUGCUCGAAGUGCUCCUGUCAUCGAGUGGUAUUCGAGAGGUUCGUCAAUAUUGAAAACAAUGGAAGUUACGGAGAAGGAUCCUGAUGCCGACGUACCCGUUGAAGAAAAAUACGAGAAUCCUCAUGUCCCUUUAGAAUAUGGAGUUCAUUACAAAGGUUUAGGGAAAUUGUCAACACCGGAAGAAUGCGCUAGAAAUUGCAGACAAGGGGCUUGGCCUAAGAAUUGCUACUAUCAUUUCACAGUGGAGAUUUAUCGAACUCUCGGCGGUGCAUGUACCUUAUGCGAACCAACAACGAAUACAUCAUUGAGCGCAGACUGUCAAUGCAUUCUUGGAGAUGGUGUUGACAUGGCUGGUAUCAUGGUAAUCAACCGAAUGUAUCCAGGACCAUCAGUUCAACUAUGUGUUGGUGAUCUUGCUAUAAUCGAUGUGAACAACAGAGCUAUUGGUACAUCCAUAUCAAUCCACUGGCACGGAGUCUAUCAGAAAAAUUAUCAGUACUACGAUGGUGUUCCUUUUGUCACUCAAUGCCCAAUAACUCAGGGAUCAACAUUUCGAUAUAGGUGGCGAGCACAAAAUGCUGGAACUCAUUUUUAUCACGCCCACACAGGUCUCCACAAACCUGAUGGUCUUGAAGGUGCAAUCAUAAUUCGACAACCAAAAAUCGAGGAUCCAAAUAACGAGGAUUUUGACGAUGAUCACUUUGAUAAUGUCAUUUUUCUCAACGAUUGGUUCCAUGAGUCAGCCAUUGACCACUGGCCAGGCACUACUGCCCACAAUGUUGGUCAGAUACCGCAGAACAUUCUUGUUAAUGGAAAAGGACAGUGGCUUGAUCCCUCCACCGGUAAUUAUACCAAUUCCAGACUGGCGGUGAUCAAUGUCCAGCCUCGCCGUCGUAUCAGAUUUCGAAUGAUCAAUAGUUUGAGUUGGACAUGUCCCAUUCAAUUCACAAUCCAAAAUCAUAAUGUUACACUCAUUGGUACUGAUGGUGAAGAGGUGAAACCGAAAACUGUCACAACUAUUACAUCAUUUUCCGCGGAACGUUAUGAUUUCGUUCUUCACACAAAUCAGCCGAUCGGUACCUAUUGGAUUCAAGUGCGGCUAGUGCACUCCUGUUCAUCGGAUAAAAUUACACAAGUUGCUGUACUGCGUUACACUGGCUCAGAAUUCGAAGUUCCAGCAUCAAGAAGACCUCGUUAUGAUCCAGGAUUGCCAUUGGGAAUUGUCUUCAAUGAUGUGAAUCGAAUAUGCGAUGAUGGGGAUCCAAAUUUUGUCUGCGCCAAAGAUCUUCGAACCGCUGAUCCAAUCGAUGAAAGAAUUCUAGCUCCCAGGGCAGACCUGACAUUCUUUCUGCCCUAUAAUUUUCAUUUAUUCACCAAUGAAGAGCUGUUCAAGCCAAAUACCUACACACAAUUCUUAGUACCGAUUGGGGGUAAUGGUUCAGUCGCGAUGAUUGGAAGUAUCUCAAAUAUAUUUUCUGGAUCGCCUUACAUGAGUCAGAUUGCUGACAUCCCACCUGAGACGAUCUGCAAUAGACAUUCUUUACCGGACAGAUGUUCUCCAAGGAAGCCUUGCUUUUGUUCACAUAUUGUGGACAUACCACUCGGCACAGUCGUAGAAAUAAUCAUGACCGAUUCUGGUGAAAACGGAUUAUCCCAUCCCUUCCAUCUUCACGGCUUUGGCUUCCACGUAAUGGCGCAGGGGCGAUUGAAGGAUGUGAAUAUUACAGAGGAUAAUAAACAUUACGCUCUUAGUCUUCACCGGAAGGCUUAUGGAGAUUUUAGAACAGAACCACCUGUCAAAGACACUCUAGCUGUCACAGCAGGAGGAUAUACUAUUGUUAGAUUCAUAGCUGACAAUCCUGGAUAUUGGCUACAUCACUGUCACUUUAUGUCACAUUUGCUAGUGGGAAUGGAACUAGUUUUUCAUGUGGGAGACGACGAGGACCUUCCGCCAAUCCCCGAGGGUUUUCCUAAGUGUGGAGACUUCAAACCACGAGCUUGAUUUUUUCCGGAAAUCCUUCCUUCUAAAUAACUUUUGUUAAUUGCUGAACUUGCUCUUAUAAAAAAUUGAUACUUUCCCUCGAGGGGUAAAAA